AUGAGCUCCGGCAAGCCGUUACCAGAUAAAAUGGAUUUAUCAAAGAAAUUACAGAACCUUCGAUCGCACGACCGCAAAAGCUCAAGCGCCGCUUCUUCACGAGAUCCUGCGCCGGCGACCCCGCCUCUCCCCUCUCCUCCAGACCUGUCAGCAUCUCACCGCUACCUACGUCCAGUGCGUCGAAUCCUGUCUCCAGAAGACCAUGAAACGUUUCUCUCCUCACCCACAUACACUCUUGUGCUUGGAUUUAUAUUCGGUCUCUCCGACGCCGUGCGUGGUCAUGCGCUGACGGACCUCAAAGAAGUUCCUGCGACGUCAAACAUCCCCAAGGUCCUCUCGAUAGUCGACAACCUUGACGAGCUGGUCAAGAAACACCCGUCGCUCGACCAGGGCGGGUCUCGAUUUGGCAACCCGGCGUUCCGCACGUUCUUCGACGAUGUCGCUGUGCAGAGCACGGGAUGGCAUAAAACGAUACUGGGGCUGGAAGACGACAGCGCGAUCGAGGAGAUAUCGACAUAUCUGAUCCAUUCUCUGGGAUCCCGAGACCGGCUAGAUUACGGAUCAGGCCACGAGCUCAAUUUCAUGAUGUGGCUGCUGUGUCUGUACCAGACGGGAAUUCUUUCCGCGACGGAUUUCCAGCCGAUCGUCUUCCGCGUUUACGUCCGGUAUAUGCACCUCAUGCGCGACAUCCAGAUGACAUACUAUCUCGAGCCUGCGGGCUCGCACGGCGUCUGGGGCCUGGAUGACUAUCACUUCCUGCCGUUCCUGUUCGGGGCCGCCCAGCUGGUGGCGCAUCCGUACAUCACCCCGCUGUCGAUCCACAACACGGCCGUUCUAGACGAAGAAGGAGACAAGUUCCUAUAUCUGGACCAGGUGCGGUGGGUGGACAGCGUCAAGACGGUCAAGGGCCUACGAUGGCACAGCCCGAUGCUCGACGACAUCUCUGGCGCGAAGAGCUGGUUCAAGGUUGAGAGCGGGAUGAAGAAGAUGUUCGUCAAGGAGGUUCUGGGCAAGCUGCCCAUCAUGCAACAUUUCUUGUUUGGCAGCUUGAUCCCUGCCGAGACGGCGAUGGGGGAGCGCGGAGCCGGCGGGGAGGGCCAUCAUCACGACGAGGAAGCCGAGGCGGCCGUCCAUUCGCAUGCGGGUCACCAGCACACGACGGACUUCUUUGGCGAUUGCUGUGGCAUCAAGGUCCCGAGUACUGUGGCCGCGGGGGCAGAAAUGCGAAAACGAAUGGGGGGGUCUGGCUUACGGCCGAUUCCAUUCGACUAG